AUGUCUCUGUACUGCGGCGACAACUUCGGCGUGUACUCGCAGUCCGGCCUGCCCCCGGCCGCCGCCGCCGCCGCCCCGGGCGCACCCCCGGCCGCCAGGGCGCCCUACGGGCUGGCCGACUACGCCGCGCCGCCCGCCGCCGCCGCCAACCCCUACCUGUGGCUCAACGGGCCGAGUGUCGGCGCCCCGCCGGCCGCCGCCGCCGCCUACCUGGGCGCCCCGCCGCCGCCGCCGCCGCGGGGCGCCGCCGGGCCCUUCCUCCAGCCGCCCACCGCCGCCGGCACGUUCGCCUGCGCCCAGCGGACCCUCGCGCAGCCCGCGCCCGCCGCGCCCGCCGCGCCCGCGGGGCCCGCCGCGCCCUGCGACCUGGGCUGGCUGUCCAUGGCCAGCCGCGAGGACCUGAUGAAGAUGGUGCGGCCGCCCUACUCGUACUCGGCGCUCAUCGCCAUGGCCAUCCAGAGCGCGCCCGAGCGCAAGCUCACGCUCAGCCACAUCUACCAGUUCGUGGCCGACAGCUUCCCCUUCUACCAGCGCAGCAAGGCGGGCUGGCAGAACUCCAUUCGCCACAACCUGUCGCUCAACGACUGCUUCAAGAAGGUGCCCCGCGACGAGGACGACCCAGGGAAAGGGAACUACUGGACCCUGGAUCCGAACUGCGAGAAAAUGUUCGACAACGGGAACUUCCGCCGGAAGCGGAAGCGCCGCUCGGAGGCCAGCGGCAGCUCCGCGGUGGCUGCAGGGACGUCAAAGUCAGAAGAGGGUCCGUCCUCAGGAUUGGGGUCUGGUGUGGGUGGGAAGCUGGAUGGAGACAGCCCCUCGGCUUUGCUGAGGCCCUCCCAGUCUCCAGAGCCCCCCGAGGGCGCCAAGAGUACUGUCUCGUCCCCGGGAGGGCCCGUGCUCACCUCCACCCCUUGCCUCAGCACCUUCUUCAGCAGCCUCAGCACCUUGAGUGUCAGCAGCAGUGGGGGCACCCAGCGAGCCGUCCCUGGCGGCCACCACCUCGGGAUCCAGGGGGCCCACCUGCCCUCCAGCAGCACCUUUCCCGCCAGCUCCGUCUCGGAAGCCUCACCAGACACCUUACAGCUGGGUAACAGCAGCAGCAGCAGCGGUGGCAGCAGCCAGAGAUCCUCCUACUACAGCCCCUUUCCCGCCAGCACCGGCGCGGGCCAGAGCGGCCCCUUCAGCCCCCCUUUCUACAACUUCAGCAUGGUCAACAGCCUCAUCUACCCGCGGGAGGGCUCCGAGGUGUAG